UAAGCAGUGGAUAGAUACUUUUCUCAAACCACUAACCUCUCCUUGCCAAAAAUGGAGGCGACCUUGUCUGCAGCCAUCUCCAAUACCCUCGAUUGCUCCGGCCAAACGCUCCGAAAUCAAUUAACUCUCCUCCACCCUCCACGAAUCAACCCCAACCCAAGCGCUGCGUUUCGGAGAUCAUCAGUCAAGUUCGGCAUAAGGAAUGCUGGAGCUGCGGUGUCUUCCGCUGCUUCCUUUUCUUCUCCUUCUGAUAAUGGUCGCAAGGUCAAGGUGAAUCCCAUCGCUGCUGCAGCUGAUGAUGUUUCGCCCUUAUCGCCCGAUGUGAUAGUUCUUGAUGUUACAGGGAUGACUUGUGGAGGAUGUUCAUCAAGUGUACAAAGAAUUUUGGAGAAUCAAGCACAAGUGGCUUCUGCCAAUGUGAAUCUUGAAACAGCGACUGCAAUUGUAUUGCCUGUAUCUGAAGCUACAACUACACCAAAUUGGAAGAAAGUAAUUGGGGAAGAUCUUGCAAAGCAUUUGACAACUUGUGGAUUUACCUCUACCCUUAAAGAAGGAUAGCAAUCUUAGAAAUGCAAAAGAGUGUUGUUGUAAGAAGCAAACUUUUUUUAGUCUUUUUAUAAACUUGUUAAAGAUCUCAAAAUGGCAUAUUUUGUGUAAGUUUUAUGUUGUCUAGAAUUUCAUUUCUUUACAACUAUUUGUCUUACAUUUGUAGUUGUUAAGAUUUUUAUUUUUUUAUUUAUAUUUGGUAAAAACAACUGGCUUUUGUUGUAAUAUCAAAUGGGAUGUGUGUGUGUG